AUGGGCCGUUUCACCACCAUUGCCACGUGCAACUUGAACCAGUGGGCGUUGGACUUCGAGGGCAACCGCGACCGCAUCGUCGAGCUGAUCCGCCAGGCCAAAGCCGCCGGGGCCCAGCUCCGGGUGGGGCCGGAACUCGAGGUGUGUGGCUACGGCUGUCUCGACCACUUCGCUGAGACGGAGCUCUACGACAACUGCUGGAUCAUGUACGAGGAGAUCUUGGCCAAUAAGGAGACCCAUGGCAUUCUCUUGGAUAUCGGGAUGCCCGUGAUCCACAACCUGAUCAAGUACAACUGCCGCCUCAUUUCCUACGACGGCAAGAUCCUCUUGAUCAGACCCAAGCUCUACUUGGCCAACGACGGCAACUACCGUGAAAUGAGAUACUUCACCCCCUGGUGCAAGCCCAAGUACUGGGAGACGUACCAGUUGCCCGACUCGGUGGCGCGCCUCACCGGCGACCACAGCGUCCCCAUUGGCGACUGUAUCAUCAACACCGCCGACACCAGGAUCGGGUGUGAGACGUGCGAGGAGCUUUUCACCCCGCAAUCGCCCCACAUCUCGAUGGCGCUUGCCGGCGUCGAGAUUUUUACCAACUCGCUGGGGAGCCACCACGAGCUCCGCAAAUUGAUCACUCGCUUAGAGCUUAUCACCGAGGCGACGAAGAAGUGUGGCGGUGUCUACUUAUACGCCAACCAGCGAGGGUGCGACGGGGACCGGUUAUACUACGACGGCAGCGCCUGUAUCAUCAUCAACGGCGACGUCGUCGGCCAGGGCCACUCGUUCUCCAUCGACGACAUCGAGGUGGUCACCGCCACCGUCGACCUCGACGAGGUAAGGGCGUACCGCCACCAGAUCUCGCUGAACUACCAGCUGGCGCGCGUCGCCGACGACCCCUACCACACCAUCGACGCCUUCAACGUGUACAUGUGUCCUCUGGCACACGAGUUCGACCCCAUGGUGACGCCGCUGAACCGGCGCAAGGCGGUCAUCCCGGAACCGGCGGUGGAGAUCGCCAAGGGACCGGCGUGCUGGUUGUGGGACUACUUGAGACGGUCGAAGACAGGUGGGUUUUUCCUCCCCUUGCUGGGCGGGCUCGAUCUGUGCUCGACGGCAGUGAUUGUCCACAGCAUGUGCCGUAUGGUCUACGACGCUAUCAAAGCUGGUAACAAGCAGGCGCUCCAGGAUGUGAGAGACUUGACUCGCAUCGAGGACUUUACCCCCGAUUCGCCUCAAGCCAUCGCCAAGGAGCUCUUCUACACCUCGUAUAUGGGCACCCAGAACUCGCUGAAGGAGACGAGGGAACGGGCCAAACAGCUCGCCAGCGACAUCGGGCUGUACCACAUCGACAUCGACAUCGACACCAUCGUCCUGCUGGUGGUGCUGUUGUUUGAAGUGGCCACCGGCAAGCGCCCCGUGUUCAAGGUGUUUGGCGGGUCGUCGACGGAAAACUUGGCGUUGCAGAACAUCCAGGCGCGGUUGCGGAUGGUGAUGCUGUACUUGUUUGCCCAGCUUUUGCCGUGGACGAGACUGAAGCCCCUGGGCCUCUUGGUGCUUGGUAGCGCCAACGUCGACGAGUGUUUGCGGGGCUACUUGACCAAGUACGACUGCUCGAGUGCCGACAUCAACCCCAUUGGCGGCGUGCUGAAAAACGACUUGAAAAAGUUCAUUUCGUGGGCGGAAACGGCGUUGGAAUUGCCGAUUUUGCGCCAGUUCCUCGACGCCACCCCCACCGCCGAACUCGAGCCCACCACCGACACCUACGUCCAGCUGGACGAGGCCGAUAUGGGCAUGACCUACGACGAGCUCUCGGCGUUUGGCCGCUUGCGCAAGGUGGAAAAGUGCGGGCCGACACUGAUGUUCAUCAAGCUCUACCACCAGUGGCUGCAGCCGCCGUACAACUUGAGCGCCCGCCAGAUUGCCGAAAAGGUGCAGCGGUUUUUCUUCUUCUACGCCGUCAACCGCCACAAGAUGACGACGAUCACGCCGCUGUACCACGCCGAGGCGUACCUGCCCGACGACAACCGGUUUGACUUGAGACCGAUCUUGGUCAACCCGUACUUCCCGUUGGCGCGUAAGCGCAUCGCCAAGCUCGUCGACGAGAUCGAGUCGCGCCACACCGAGUUUGAGCGGGCCCUCAACAGCGUCGAGUAG